CCGGGGCGGGACUGGCUCGGCGGACUGUCACUUGCGUGACGUCACCGGCAGGAUGAGCGGGCAUGCCGAGGUUAAAGUGAAAAUACCUUUUGGAAACAAAUAUCUUGAUGCUAUCUUCUCUGUCCCAGAGAAGAAAUCAACAUAUGGAGUGAUUCUUACCCAUGGAGCUGGAGGAGAUAUGAAUUUCCCUCACUUACUGUCUUUGGCAACCUAUCUGGCAUCCCGUGGAGUUCUGUGCCUGCGGUUUACUUGUAAAGGUCUUAAUGUUGCUUAUAGGACUAAGGCUUUCAAAACAGUUGUGGAAUACUUAAAACUUUCUGAUGAUUAUAAACUUUAUGGUGUCUUCCUUGCAGGCCGUUCCAUGGGCUCACGAGCUGCUGCCUCUCUGAUACGUCAGCUUAGCCAGAAUGAUGAUGAUGAUGAUGAUGAUGACUUCAUUCGAGGUCUCAUAUGUUUAUCUUACCCAUUGCAUCGACCAAAACUUCAGUCCAAGCUCCGGGAUGAAGAUUUAUUAUUUAUCAGCUGUCCAGUGCUGUUUGUCUCAGGAUCAGCAGAUGAGAUGUGUGAAAAACAAUUGCUAGAAGGUGUGGCAAGCAAAAUGAAAGCCCCCAAGAAAAUCCAUUGGAUUGAUAAAGCUAACCAUGGGAUGGCAGUCAAAGGACGAACAACAGAUGAUGUCAUGGAAGAAAUAAACGCACAAGUUUUUUCAUGGCUUAAAGAGAAUGUUGAACUGGAGCACAAAUAAUUUGCAGUAUUUAAGCAGUUUCUUCAUAUAGUUUUUCCUAAAUAUGGCAAAUUAAGAGUUUGUUAUUUUUGAGAGGCAUAUUUUUUAAAACAGAUCUUUUCACAGGUCUCAGUGCAAAUGCAAAUAAAGCUUUGUAUGAAUUAAAAAAAUAUGCAAAACAAUAAAGAACUUCUUGAAGGACAGAAAA